AGAAGGAGGAGAAGAAUAAGGACGACGAGGAGGAGGAGGAGGGAGGAGGAGGGGGAGGAGCGAUGUUUUUUUCUGCCGCAGCCCUGGCUGGCAGCGCCAUGCCUCGCCUGGCCUGCUCUCCUGGCAUGGGCAGGCGAGCCACACGACCCUACACGUUUCCAUGGUGCCACGCGUCCGCGCUGCUGCUCAUUGCAAGCCUCGCUCCCACAGGGCAGCACGCUCCCGACUGUGCAAGGGGAGCGGUGGGCCCUGUCUGGGGCGGGCUCGCCCUGGCACAGCGCCAGAAGCUCGCGUCCAGGCUCGCAGAGAGUAGGCGGGUAACAGCGGGAGGGGGGGAGAAGGAGGACGAGGAGGGAUCGAUGCGGGCCUCCUGUCAUGGGACCUCCAGGAAGGAGGGAGACUGGAGAGAGAGCAGCUGCUAUUCGCCAUGGCCCCCUCUGGUCUGGGAGCAGGGUGAGCCUGCGGCGAAAGAGCACGGGUCGCUCUCGGACAGAGACGCAUGCCGAGCCAUGCAUUCUGUACGCGCGCACUGUUGGCGCGGGUGGACGGCGAAUGUGAGAUCCGAGCUCGAAUCGAGCUCCGCCGAGCGGGACCUGCCAUCGCUCGGACGUCCAUUCCCCGAUGCUCAUCGAUGGUCUACGCCGAGGAAACAUGCACACGUCCGAGCGAUGCCAAGGGGAGAGCAUCUCCUGUCGCGAUGCGCCCCGUGCGCCCCGCUCCAUCCUGGCAGGGACUGCUGGCGCGGCCGUGCAGGGCAUAGAGUUGUGGAUGCCAUGACAAUGGACACUCUAACAAUCCUAUCAUUGAGUUAAAUAUGCGUUUAACAUGUGUAACACAUGUUCUAAACAUGUUUCAAACAUGAUGUUUUACAUAUUAAAAGCCAUGUCCGAGACAUCUUCUAGACAUCUGGAAGCUAUUUGGCAACACGCUUCCUCUCCAUUCAUCGACUUCCUCAAGCAUGGAGGCGGAGCCGAAUGCGCACACAGCAACGAGCGCAGCGUGACCGUCCAGAGGGGGGCAGCCGUCUGGAGGCCCACGUCUUGGUGGACGUGGCCUGCUGGCCCAGCCAGGAGCCGAGCAGAAGCAGGGACCCCUUUUCCCUGCCACCGUUCGGGCGUCCGUUCCCCGUGCACUCUCCGGUCUCGUGCGCUGUUUUGUUCGCGAGCUGAGUCAGGGUGCUCCUCGAUG